GGCUGGCAGCUGGCCGGAGCAGCACAGCCAGGGCUACUGUAUUCUGGCCUGGCCAUGGCAGCAACACCCCUCAAAGUGUGCAUCCUGGGCUCGGGGAACUGGGGUUCAGCUGUUGCAAAAAUAAUUGGUAAUAAUGUCAAGAAACUUCAGAAGUUUGCCUCCACGGUCAAGAUGUGGGUCUUUGAAGAAACGGUUAAUGGGAGAAAACUGACAGACAUCAUAAACAAUGACCAUGAAAAUGUAAAAUAUCUCCCUGGACACAAGCUGCCAGACAAUGUGGUUGCAGUUUCAAAUCUCAACGAGGCCGUGCAGGACGCAGACCUGCUGGUGUUUGUCAUUCCUCACCAGUUCAUUCAUAGAAUCUGUGAUGAGAUCACUGGGAGGGUGCCCAAGAAAACACUAGGAAUCAGCCUCAUCAAGGGGAUAGAUGAGGGCCCUGAGGGGCUGAAACUCAUUUCCGACAUCAUUCGAGAGAAGGUGGGCAUUGACAUCAGUGUGCUCAUGGGAGCCAAUACUGCCAACGAUGUGGCCGCAGAUGAGUUCUGUGAGACCACCAUUGGCAGCAAAGAAAUGAAGAAUGGCCUUCUCUUCAAAGAACUUCUGCAGACUCCAAAUUUCCUGAUUACAGUGGUUGAUGAUGCAGAUACUGUUGAACUUUGCGGUGCUCUUAAGAACAUCGUAGCUGUGGGAGCCGGGCUCUGUGAUGGUCUGCGCUACGGAGACAACACCAAAGCUGCAGUCAUCCGCCUCGGACUCGUGGAGAUGAUCUCAUUUGCCAGGAUCUUCUGCAAGGGCCAGGUGUCCACAGCCACCUUCCUAGAGAGCUGUGGGGUGGCUGACCUGAUCACCACCUGCUAUGGAGGCCGGAACCGCAAGGUGGCUGAGGCGUUUGUCAGGACUGGAAAGACCAUUGAAGAAUUAGAGAGAGAGAUGCUGGAUGGGCAGAAACUCCAAGGACCUCAGACUUCUGCUGAAGUGUACCGCAUCCUCAAGAAGAAGGGACUAAUCGACAAGUUUCCGUUGUUCACUGCUGUAUAUCAGAUUUGCUAUGAAGGAAAACCCGUUCAAGAUCUGUUGUCUUGUCUCCAGUACCAUCCAGUGCGCACAUAA